CGUAAACCCCCAAAAAUAUCAUCAGUGUUCUGUUCCCCUCGCGAACUCCCCCACCCAUUGUUCACCGUCCGCCGGAUUAUUCAGUUGGCAAAACGAAAUGGACAGAGAGUGGGGUUCAAAGCCUGGGAGCGGAGGCGCCGCCUCCGCCCAGAAUGAGGCCAUCGACCGCCGGGAGCGUCUCCGAAGACUUGCCCUAGAAACCAUCGAUUUAGCUAAAGAUCCCUAUUUCAUGCGUAACCACCUCGGAAGCUACGAGUGUAAGCUCUGUUUGACAUUGCACAAUAAUGAAGGGAAUUACUUGGCGCACACACAAGGGAAGCGUCACCAGACUAACUUGGCUAAGCGAGCGGCUCGUGAAGCCAAAGAAGCACCUGCUCAGCCACAGCCUCAUAAGCGCAAAAUUGCCCUCAAGAAAAUCGUUAAAAUCGGUAGGCCUGGAUAUCGGGUGACUAAGCAAUUUGACCCAGAGACCAAGCAGAGGUCAUUGCUUUUCCAGAUAGAAUACCCCGAGAUUGAAGAUAAUACAAAGCCGAGGCAUCGGUUUAUGUCAUCCUUUGAGCAGGUUCCGAGUAUAGAGAUUGAUAAAUCAACUCCGAAGUUCUUCUCGCACUGGGAUCCAGACUCAAAGAUGUUCACGUUACAGUUAUACUUCAAGGCAAAGCCACCAGAGGCAAACAAACCACAAGCUGCUCCAGUGGCUAAUGGGACAUCAGCUCCUGGUGCCCCACCAAGGCCUUUGCCUCCACCACCCCAAGCUCCGCCGCCACCUCCCCCACAAGGACCUCCUCCAUCAGCACCAGCUGGAAAUCUUCCCAGGCCUCCCCCUGCACCAGGAUCAUUGCCUCUCCCUCCUCCUCCUAUGGCCAAUGGACCGAGGCCUAUGCCUCCAGGCGGAAAUUUGCCUGCUCCUCCGCCUCCGCCAGUAGGUAGUGGUGCAAUGGCAAACUUUACCCCCGGUGCACAAAUGGGAAGGCCUCCUAUGAUGCCUCCCCAAGGGUUCCCUGGGCAACAAAUGCAGGGCCAGGGGAUGUACCCACCCCCACCACCUCCUAAUAUGGGUUGAGUCUGUCCUGUAUGAUAGCAGAAGCAGAUAUCCAUCAGUGUGACGUUCUCUCAUUUAAACAAUAGGAAUCUACUAUUUUGAGUCA